GGUCCGUGCGGAAACAGGAAGCUGCAAGGCUGCUGGACCGUGUUCGGAGGGCGUGUAACUUGUUGGGGCCCUUGCAGGGGGUGCUGUGGUUUCGGAUCUGUUCUGUGUCGUGCUGAGCCGCCCAGUGCAAAUUCUCUCUCUGACACAGGAUAAAAUACUGGAAGAGGAACAAGUGGCUGCUCUUAGGUUUUCUACUUUCCUUCCAAGGAAGGCAGGCUCAUAUCUACCUUCCCUGGGGGUAGGAAAGUCUUCAGUGCUCCUAAUGGCUUGUGUCCAGCAGGUUUCCUUUAGCUGUGUUGGAAAAUGAGGAAACAGCUCUGCUCUGAGGUUGUCUUAAGGGUACAUGGCUAAGACCUGAACAGCAUCUGCAUCUUACCCAGGAUUCCUCUUUCCUCCUGGUGAAUUCUUGAUGGAUCUGAAUCUUGGUUGCUGGCAGCUCCUCAGCAGGAGAAAUGGCUACUAUCAGAUUGGGGUUUGGAAGACUGAAUUUUUAUCUGUUAAAGAGGAGGAGUUUCUUGCUGUUGAAACUCAUAGCUGUUGUCUUUGCUGUGCUUCUAUUUUGUGAAUUUUUAAUCUAUUACUUAGUGAUCUUUCAGUGUAAUUGGCCUAAGGUAAAAACUUCAGCCUACGACAGUGAACAAGAGACUCAUGAAACUGUCCUGAAAGCCAUGUUUCUGGCUGAUACCCACUUGCUUGGGGAAGUAAGAGGCCACUGGCUAGACAAAUUACGAAGAGAAUGGCAAAUGGAGAGAGCCUUCCAGACAGCUCUGUGGUUGUUGCAGCCGGAAGUUGUCUUCAUUUUGGGGGACAUCUUUGAUGAAGGGAAGUGGAGCUCCUCUCAGGCCUGGGCGGAUGAUGUGGUGAGGUUUCAGAAGAUGUUUAGGCACCCGCCCCAUGUGCAGCUGAAGGUGGUUGCUGGGAACCAUGACAUUGGCUUCCACUACCAGAUGGACACAUAUAGAAUAAAACGAUUUGAGAAAGUUUUCAACCCUGAAAGGCUGUUUUCAUGGAAAGGAAUUAAUUUUGUGAUGGUCAACAGUGUUGCAUUGGAAGGGGAUGGCUGCAACAUUUGCUCUGAAGCAGAAGCUGAACUCAUGGAAAUUUCUCACAAACUGAAUUGCUCCCGAGAGGUUAAUGGACUGAUACCUGACCAGAAACAGCGCUCUAGCCACUGUGAGAACAGGCAGCUGCAGCUGGCAUCAGCCCCAGUCCUUCUGCAGCAUUUUCCACUUUACCGGAGAAGUGAUGCUAACUGUUCUGGGGAGGACGCUGCACCUCCAGAAGAAAGGAGCAUUCCCUUUAAGGAGAGAUAUGACGUGCUUUCUCAGGAGGCCUCACAAAAGUUGCUGUGGUGGCUCCAGCCUCGCCUGGUCCUGAGCGGCCACACCCACAGCGCCUGCGAGGUGCUCCAUGGGGCAGGAAUCCCUGAGCUCAGUGUGCCCUCUUUCAGUUGGAGGAACAGAAACAACCCCAGUUUCAUCAUGGGCAGCAUGACACCCACAAAGUAUGCCCUGGCCAAGUGCUACCUUCCCCAUGAGGACACAGUUCUGAUCACAUACUGUGGGGCAGCUGGGUUCCUUGUGGUCAUUAUGUUAGUUGACCUUGGACUUCUAGCCUCACCUUUUCUUCUUGGUUGUAAGCUGCUCAGAAAAUUUAAGACAGUGUGAAGAGCAGGAGACUUUUUGCAUGUAGUAAUAAAUAUCAGAGCCAAAGAAACUGAACAUCAGGCAGUGCUCAUGUGAGAUGAGACUAAAAUAGACUCUUUAUGCACAUCAUAAAAUUCUAAAUUGUUGGUGCAAAUUACUGCAGAAUAAAUAGUUGAUUGUACUGUUUUCAUGCUAUAAAAAUGGAACAUGUAUUCGAUGA